GGGGUUGAGCUUGGGACAAUGGACUAUGGCCUUGUCGAGUCAGCCCUUGCUGGAGCUGCAGGGACCACUGCUCCCACCCAAGGACAUGGUGGAGGAGGAAGACGAAUAUUUAAGGGAGGACGCGGAGGAGGACGAAGACACGGUGUUUCUAGACGCAGAGGAGCUUUGCAGUGGGGGCAUAAAUGCUGGUAGCCUCCCUGGGCUGCUCCGUGUUUCUGUGUUUGAUGAAAACACUCAGGAGAAAUGUGACGUGUUUGGACGUUUUCCAUUAACUGAUGCUUGGUGGCGAGUGAAGGUACAGGUAAAACCAGUAGGAUCAAGGAACUAUCGGGCUCAAGGAUUUCCAUCUUACUUUUUACAGUCAGAUAUGUCCCCACCAAAUCAAAUCCACAUCUGUUCCCUCUUUCUUAAAGAGUGUAAUGUCUCCAGUGAGCAAAGAAUUAAGUUUUUUACAUGGUUAAAUAAUAAAUCAAGGUAUAAAGACCUCAAUUUUGAAAAUCUUAUGGAAAACUUAAGAACAUGGCAAGAGGAAAUUGAAGGGAAUAGUCAAAAACAGUCUACGCAGAAAACACAAGAGUCAUCACUGGGUCAUGAGAUGCUGCUUCCUCUGGAAUUCACAUUUCCAUUUAAAAUGGUGAUGAGAGCUUUGCAGUUUCCAAAAAUAAUGGAAUUCCUUCCAGUUCUUCUGCCCCGACACUUCAAACAGCUCAUAACCUCAAAUUCUAUAGAGGUGUUGGAAGAGAUAGAAGAGAUUUUAGGUACACAGCCAUGGAAACUUGGAUUUCGUAAAAUAACCUACAGAGAACUGAAGCUUUUGCGAUGUGAAGCAAGUUGGACGUCGUUUAGUCAAUGCAAGUCUCUUUUCCAGUUGAUGACGGAUUUGGAGAAGAAUGCAUUAAUAAUAUAUUCUCAACUGAAGCAGAUAUGUAGAGAGCAGGGGCACACGUGUGUUGAAGAAGCUGACUUAACUUUUCAACUAUCAGACCUCAUGUCUUUUCACGAUGCUUGGCAGUCUCUGAAGUUCUUGAAGGAUAUUGGUGUCGUGACGUAUGAGAAGGGCUGUGUCUUUCUUUAUGACCUUUACCAGGCUGAGAGAGGCAUUGCCUCUUCAGUCUGUGACUUGAUGACCAGGCCCCCAUGGCAAUUACAGGUCGAUGUCAAAAAGGUGCUUGCAUCUAUUCCCACCCCAAGACCUGAGAAUUCAGGAAGUGAAGAUACGCUGAAUAAAAGUAAACCCAAUGAAACAAGAUUAGAAGAUCUUGUGGAUAUUUUGGACACGCAAGACAGCGGUGACCAUAUUUGGGAUGAUAGUGAAAAUGAAGUGAAUGCAGAAAUGAGUGAGGGUCAGCUGGAUCAAGACCAGAUGACUGCUCUGGACAUGAUUUGCUCCAAUGCUGUGACAGUCAUAAGUGGGAAAGGUGGCUGUGGGAAGACCACAAUUGUUAGCCAGCUUUUUAAGCAUAUAGAGUUGUUGGAAGAAAGAGAAGUGAAAAAAGCUUGUGAAGAUUUUGAACAAGACUGGAAUGUACCAGAAGAAUGGAUCACCUUCACCGAGCAAAGUCAGCAGAAACAGGACAAGGCUAUAGAAGUUUUACUUACGGCACCUACAGGGAAAGCAGCUGGCUUACUGAGACAGAAAACUGGUUUUAACGCUUAUACACUUUGUCAGGUCAAUUAUAGUUUCUAUUUAUGGAAGGAAAAAAUAAAGACCAAGAACAGGCCGUGGAAAUUUUCUUCGGUUAGAGUUCUGGUUGUGGAUGAAGGGAGUUUGGUCUCUGUAGCAAUCUUCAAGUCGGUUUUAAAUUUAUUGUGUGAGCACUCCAAACUUUCUAAACUUAUUGUCCUUGGUGAUGUUAGACAGUUACCCAGCAUUGAACCUGGUAACUUGCUGAAAGAUCUUUUUGAAACUCUUAAAUCAAGGAAUUGUGCUAUUGAACUAAAGACAAACCAUAGAGCAGAAUCUGAACUAAUUGUGGACAAUGCUACAAGAAUCUCAAGACGCCAGUUUCCAACAUUUGAUGCAGAGCUGAAUAUCUCUGAUAAUCUGACAUUCCCUGUCUCAGUACAAGAUAAAUCAUUUAUUUUUGUCAGACUCCCAGAAGAAGAUGCCAGUUCUCAGUCCUCAAAAAGUAACCAUCAGUCUUAUUUAUAUUCUGCAGUUAGUACUUUACUCCAAGAAAAGGACCUAGAAGAUGUGAAAACAUCACAAUUUAUUGCCUUUAGAAGGCAGGACUGUGACGUGAUCAACGCCUGCUGUUGCAAACACUACACAGGACGUCUAAUCAAAAACCAUCAGAAUAGACUUGAAUUUGGAGUUGGUGAUAAAAUUUGUUGUACCAAGAAUGCAUAUCUCUCAGAGUUACUCCCUGAAAAUACCUUCAACAGUCAACAAAAUAAUGAAUUAAGAGCUAGUGGUGAAGACUUUAAUGGUGGUACUCCUGGUUUUGCUAAAAAUAAGCAUGACUUUGAAAGUGGUACUCGACUCUGCAAUGGAGAAAUAUUUUUUAUAACAGCGGAUAAAACUGAUGUAACUUUUGGAAAGAAAAGAUUUUUGACCAUUAAUAAUAUGGCUGGCUUGGAAGUAACUGUGGAUUUUGGGAAACUAAUGCAAUAUUGUCACAUAAAACAUGCAUGGGCAAGAACGAUUCAUACUUUUCAGGGGUCGGAGGAGAAGACAGUCGUGUACGUGGUGGGGAAGGCGGGCCGCCAGCACUGGCAGCACGUGUACACCGCCGUGACCCGGGGCCGCUGCAGAGUGUACGUCAUCGCAGAGGAGUCUCAGCUUCGGAGUGCCAUCAUGAGAAAGAGCGUUCCUAGGAAAACUCGUUUAAAACAUUUUCUGCAAAACAAACUUUCCAGGAGCUGUACGUCUCCAGCAGAGUUUGCUUCCUCAUCAAAGAACCCUGAAGACAGCAGGGGACCCAGCACACAGCCGCCAGCAUCUCCACUCUCUACAGUCACAGCUGACACGGUGACAAAUGACAGCCCCGGAAGCGGGGACCCUGUGGCUGAUGACACGCUGCUUGCCUUUGCUGAAGGAUGGGAAUUAUCUUCACAUGAUGAAGUGGAUGCAACUAAGGAUCCGUCACAACUGAGAGGGUCCAAAAGAACAUGUUGCUUGCAUGAUGCUGAAAGUCCAAGCAAAAUUCUUAUGGUGGAAGAAUCAUCUCCACAAGUGUCUUCUAAGCUUCAGAAUCUGAGACUAAAUAGUUUAACCCCCAGGCAACUUUUCAAAUCCACAAAUAAUCAAGAAACUUAGUUUUACUUCAGAUUGCUCAAAGUAAUUGUCUGUUUUUUCCAUUCAAUACAAAAUGAAAUCAUGGCUUCAAAGGAUUAAGACAAAAGAGGACGUCUGUUAAUGAGUUCUAUUUUAAGUAUUUGUAUUAGCAGCUGUUUUCAAUUUAUUCAUCAAAGAAAAUCUUAAUGAUACUGACCUCUGUCAUCAGGAGAACUGGUAGCACUGGUCAUAUAUGACGGAAAGAUAUGUUAUAUAUGUAUUUUUUAAAACUGUACUUCCGUGUUCAGUUGCUCCGUUGUGUCUGACUCUUUGCAGCCCCAUGGACUGUAUAUCCUGCUAGGCUCUUCUGCCCGUGGAAUUUUAAAAGUGUUUUAAAAUUGUUUUAUUUUUAGAAUAAUGCCUUAUUAACUUCCAUCAUCAUUGUGGGUGAUCUUUGCUAAUGGAUUGAAGCAAUGGUAAAGAUAAGCUAAUUACAUCUUUUAAAUUGUUAGCACAGAUUCUAGGGUAUUUUGUGUAAACUGGUCACCUCACAAGGGUGCCACUUGCUCUAUCACUGCUGCCUGGUUCUCGCAGGUACACUUUCCUAGAAAUUCCUUCUGAGCAGGAAUUUCAUUGGUCUUUGUAUAAUUUAAGAUAUAAUAUGCAUCAUGUUGGUUUAAUACUUCUGUAUUACAAUAUUACCACUGUAGCAUUAACAUGUCUAUCAUGUCACACAGUUAUUAUUAUUGUUUUAAAAAUAUUCCACUUUGAAGAUAUUUUUUCUCUCAGUGAUUCAAUUUUUUUUUGAGAGUUUUCUAUAUUUGCCUUCUCCAAUGGAAUUAUACAAUAUAUGGUCCCUUGUUACUGACUUCUUUGACUUAGAAUAAUGUUUUCAGACUUCAUCCACAUUUUAACAUCUUCUUCAUCUCUCAAGAUUAAAAAAAAUGAUGUGCAAAGAACUAGCAUUAUUUCUGUUAUUGGCUAUGUAUGUCUUGGAUAAUCCAUUCAAGAAGUAUCACUCCAUCCAACUUGAUGAAGCCUACAUCCCUUGUGUACUGAAGGAAAAACUGGUGGUGUGUAUUGAUGCCGUAUUUCCAGGUGAGACCGUGCUGGUUUGAGCUGAUGUUGUGAGAUCAGGAACCAUGGCUGAAUUUUUGCAAGUGGCUCUAGUAGAGCUGCUAAUAACCCUUCUUGCUUUCAGUAGUGCAGUGAGGCAAAUCCCUUCUUUCUUUUUAUUACCAAAUAUUCCAUUGUUUGGAUGUGGUACAUUGAAUUUAUCCAUUCAUUAGUGGAUGGACAUUUGGGUUGUUUCCUCUGUUUGGCUAUCAUAAAUAACGCUGAGUACAAGGUUUUGUACAGGUAUAUAUGUUCACUUCUUUUAAGUCUAUAUACCUUGGUGUGGAAUUGCUGGGUCAUAUGGUAACUCUGUUUAGCUUUUUGAGGAACUGCUAGACUUUUUCAAAGCAGCUGUACCGUUUUAUGUUGACACCAGCCGGGUAUGAGGGUUCCAGUUUCUUCAUUCUGUCCGACAUUCACUGUUACCUGACUUUAAUUGGAGCCAUCCUAGUGGAUGUGAAGUGACGUAUCACUGUGGUUUUGAUUUGCAUUUCCCUUACGACUAAUGAUGUUGAUCAUCUUUCCAUGUGCUCACUGGCCGUGUGUAUGUCUUCUUCAGGGAUGUGUCUGUUCAGGUCCUUUGUCCACUUACAAAUUGGGUUAUUUUUCUUUUUAUUAUCUAGUAUGAGUUCUUUAUAUAUUCUGUAUAUCAGUAUCUUAUUAGAAACAUUAUUUGCCAAAAAUUCCCCGUUUUGUAGAUCUUAUUUUCACUUUAUGGUAUCCUUUGAAACACAAGUUUUUAACUGUGAUACUGUCUAAUGUAUGUAUUUUUGUUGUCAUUAUUUGUGCUUUUGGUGCUAUAUCUGGGAAACCAUUGCUUAUCCGUUAUGAAGACUUCUGUUUUUUUUCUUCUACGAGUUAAAUAGUUUUAGGUUUUACAUUUAACUCUGAUUCAUUUUGAGUUAAUUUUUUUAUACGGUGGAGUAAGAGCCCACCAUAAAAAAAAUGUGUCUCUUGUAAAAGUCUUUUUUAAAAGUCUGUUUUGUCUGAUACAAGUAUUGCUACUGUGACUUUUUCUUCCUUUUUCCAUUUGCGUGGCAUGUCUUUUUCCACCCUCUCACUUCCAGUCUGUGACUUUUGAUCUAAAGUGCGUCUCUUGUAGGCAGCAUAUAUUCAGGCCUUGUUUUUGUAGCCAUUCGGGCAGUCUGUGUCUUCUGAUGGAGCACUUAGUCCCAUUACACUCGGUAAGUGUUGAUGUGUGUGUUUUGUUGCUAUUUUGUUAGUUGUUUCAGAUUUGUUUUAGUAGGUCUUUUUUUCCCUCCUUUUGUUUUCUUAUGAUUUGAUGACUAUUUUUAGUGUUCUUAUGGACUGCUUUUUCUUUUUUGCGUGUAUAUCUAGUAUUCAGUUUGGGUUUGCUGUUACCAUAAGAUUUUCAUAGAGCAGUGUGUAUAUAAGUGUGAUUGUUUUAAGUGGCUGAUCUCUUCAUUUCAAAUGCAUUUUAAAUACUCCUCCCUGCAUUUGCACUCCUCCCCUCAUGAUUACUGUUUUUUGAGACCAUCAUUUACACCUAAUUAUUUUUGUGUCCUUUACCUGUUUAUUAUAGACACAGGUGCUAUUACUGUUUUUGUCUUUUAAUCUCUCUACUGGCUUUGUGUGUGGAUACUUUCCUUCCUUUACUGUAUAUUUGCCUUUAUGGUAGAUUGUUUCCUUCCAUAAUUUCUUGUUUCUGGUUCUGGCCCUUUCUUUUUUGCCUAGAGAAGUUCCAUCAACAUUUGUAGUGAAGCUAGUUUUGUUGGUGCUGAAUUCUUUUAGCUUUUGCUUGUCUGUGAAGUUUUUGAUUUGCCCAUCAAAUCUCGAUGAAAAUCUUGCUGGGUAGGAUAUUCUUGGUUGUAGCGUCUUCCCUUUUAUCACUUUACAUAAAUUGUACCACUCCCUUCCAGCCUGUAGUUGCUGCUGAAUAAUCACCUUAUGGGCUUAUGGGAAUUCCCCUGUAUAUUAUUUGUUGCUUUUCCCUUGCUGCUUUUAGUAUUCACUCUUUAAUUUUUGGCAUUUUGAUUGCAAUGUGUCUUGGUGGGUUUGGUUCUCUUUGGGUUAAUCCUGUAUGAAGCUUUGUGUUUCCUGGAUAUGGGUUGACUGUUUCCUUCUCCAGGUUAGGAAGGUUUUCAGCUUUCAUCUCUUCAAAUAUUUUCUUCAAGUCCUUUCUCUUGUCUCCUUCUGGCACCCCUAUAAUGCAAAUAUUGUUGUGUUUAAUGUUGUCCCAGAGCUGUCUUAACCUGUCCUUGCUUUUUUUCUUUCUUUUUUCUGAUCAGCAGCAGUAUUUAUACUGCUGUCUUCCAGCUCUCUCAUACACUCUGCUGUGUCGUUUAGCCUAGUAUUGAUUCCUUCUAGUGUGUUUUUCAUGUUAGUUGUUAUAUUCAUCUCUGGUUGUUCACUAUAUUUUCUAAUUCUUAGUUAAAAAGUAACUUCUUGCUCUGUGCAUCCGUUCUUCUCCCAAGUUCUUGGAUCAUCUUUACAAUCGUUACUCUUUACUGUUUCUUGAGUAGAUCACGUAUCUCUUCUUCUGGAGUUUUAUCUUGUUACUUUGUCUUGAAUGUAGUCCUCUGAUGCCUUGUUUUGUCUGUUGCUAUUUAUAUUUUUAUGCAUGCGGUAGGUUAGUUAUAUUCCUCAGCCUGGGAGAAGUGGCACUGUGUAGAUGUCCUGUGUGUCCCAGCAGUGAACUCCCCUUGUCACUGAAGCGGUAUUCUCUUGGGGUUCCCUUAGAGGGUUGCCUGAAUCUUUCUUUUGUGGCUGGCUACGUGGGUGGUAUGGUAGGCUUGGUUGGUUCCUAGUCUGGUUGUUUGCCUGGCCUAUCCUUGUGUGUAUGCUGCUGGCUGCUCUUUAGUUGGGCUUGGUCACAGAGUGGCUGGUCUUGGAACCCUAGGGGACCCUGAGGCUAGUGCUGGCUCACUGGUGGGCUGAGGCAGGGUCCCAAAGACUCUGGGGCUAUAGGUGCCCACUGACAGGUGAAGCCAGAUCCUGGGAGUAGUGCCAAGCUACUAGCAGUUAAGAGAUGUUUUCUGGAGUUUGGCUGUAGGACCCAGAGAUCCUAGAAUGCAUUUUAGAUUGUUGUUGUUGGCGGGCCCAUUCCAGACUGUUGAUCAUGCGGUCCAGACUGGAGGGUUGUGUUCGCCUGCUAGUGAGCAGGACAAGGGCCCAGCUAGUCCCAGGGUGGAGUCUGGCCUGUGUUGCAGGAUCAUAGUUGUCUUCUUUCUGGUGUCUGCACUCUGGUGGGAGAGGCUGGUCUAGAGCACCAGUUUGUGGCCUGAAGGAAGGGCCACACAGCAGGAGGUGAGUGGUGGGUGAGCAAGCAAAGCUUCACCUGUAUUUACAGCUGCUCCCCAUCAGUUGAGUUACUGCCUGGGCUCCACUUCCAGUUAGAUCAGCAGCAGCAUAAUAAAUGUAAUGUGCUUGAGUCAUCUCAAACCUGCCCCCGUCUCUGGAAAAACUGUCUUCCGUGAAACCUGUCCCUGGUGAGAGAAAGAUUGGGGACCGCCGGUCUAGGGGCUUGUGUGGGCUUCCUGUCAGGUCGGGCUGAUGCCUGCCCACUGGUGUGUGGAGGUGAGUACUGGCCCUUGGUGUGCAGGGCCAUGUCUAGGUAUAUGUCUAGAGGUGGAGUCAGGGUGUCUUUAGGCAGACUGUGCUGUGUCCCUGCCCAGUUAGUUUCUUGGCCUGAGGUGUCCCCAACACUGGAGCCUAUAGUCUGUUGGGUAGGGCCAAGUCUUGGUGCUGAUGACCCAGAACAUCAGCCACCAGGAGUGUUCAUGCAGUUGAAUGCUCCCCAACGUCUGACACCAGUGUCUGUCCACAGCUCUCCUCUCCAGGAGUCUACAGAACCAGCACGUAGGUCUGGCUCAGGCUCCUGUCAGAUUACUGCUUUCACUCUAGAUCCUGGUGUGUGUGAGAUUUUGCGUGUGCCCUUUGAGAGUGAAGUCUCUAUUUCCCAGUCCUGUGAGGCUUCUGCAGUUCCAGCCUUGUUGUUUAGUCGCUAAGUCGUGUCUGACUCUUGGACUCC